GCCCCCGCGCCUGCUCCGGGAGGAAGCGGGGCGGCGGCGCCCGAGCGGGGGACACGCCUUUCGCCCGCUCCGUCCCGGGCCCCGCCGCCACCAUGAGCCGGAGGUAGCGGCGCUUUCUCCGCCGCCGCCGCCCGCCCCGCGAUGCCGAACCAGAAGGGCGGCAAGGGCAAGAAGAACAAGCGCGCCAACAGCAGCGGCGACGAGCAGGAGAACGGCGCGGCGGCGGGCGGCGGAGCCGCGGCGGCGGGAACGGCGGCAGGAGGAGGAGGAGGCGGCGGCGGAGCGGCGGGCGGCGGCCCCGGAGCGGCGGGGAGCGGCGGGGCGGGCGGCGGAGCGGGCGGCGGGGCGGCGGCGGGCGGCGCAGCUGCCGGAGACGCCAAGAACGAAGCUCCUUGUGCUACACCACUGAUCUGUAGCUUUGGAAGACCAGUGGACCUGGAGAAGGAUGACUACCAGAAGGUUAUAUGCAACAACGAGCAUUGUCCGUACAGCACCUGGAUGCACCUUCAGUGCUUCUAUGAGUGGGAAAGCAGCAUUCUUGUCCAGUUCAAUUGCAUUGGCAGAGCCAGGAGCUGGAAUGAAAAGCAGUGUCGCCAAAACAUGUGGACAAAGAAGGGAUAUGACCUGGCUUUUCGCUUUUGCUCCUGUCGGUGUGGGCAGGGUCAUCUGAAGAAGGACACUGACUGGUACCAGGUGAAGCGAAUGCAGGAUGAUAAGAAGAAAAAGUCAGUGUUGGAGAAGAGCACAGGACGGUCAAUGGCAGAGUCAGCGGAAGAGGCCAAAAAGGGCAGGCCGGCCAACAAGCCCCAGAAAGGCUUGAGUCAUGACCUCCAACGAAGGCACUCAAUGGACAGGCAGAACUCCCAGGAGAAGGGUGUCAUGGGUGGCAGCUAUACCGUUCGUUCGCCUUGUGUCUCCCCUGGCCAGUCCCCACCCACCGGCUACUCUAUUCUUGCCCCCACACAUUUCAGCGGCCCUCGCUCCUCGCGAUACUUAGGAGAGUUUUUGAAGAACGCUAUUCACCUGGAGCCCCAUAAGAAGAAUGUGGCUGGUGGGGGCAUGUUCAGGAAUGCACAUUUUGAUUAUGGGACAGCUGGUUUGCAAGCACAUAGAUCAGGGCACUUCGAUGCCCCUGUGCAGUUUUUGAGAAGGCUUGAUCUAUCUGAGCUCCUUACUCACAUACCCAGGCAUAAAUUGAAUACUUUCCACGUGCGGAUGGAAGAUGAUGCCCAGGUGGGCCAAGGGGAGGACCUUCGGAAGUUUAUCCUUGCUGCUCUUAGUGCCAGCCACAGGAACGUUGUAAACUGUGCACUAUGCCACAGGGCACUGCCAGUGUUUGAACAGUUUCCGCUGGUGGACGGGACCCUGUUCCUUAGCCCAUCGAGACACGAUGAGAUUGAAUAUGAUGUUCCCUGUCACCUUCAAGGAAGGCUUAUGCACCUCUAUGCUGUUUGCGUAGACUGCUUAGAAGGGGUUCACAAAAUUAUCUGCAUUAAGUGCAAGUCCCGAUGGGAUGGAAGCUGGCAUCAACUGGGAACUAUGUAUACCUACGAUAUUCUGGCAGCAUCUCCCUGUUGUCAGGCUCGACUGAACUGUAAACACUGUGGGAAGCCAGUAAUAGAUGUACGGAUUGGCAUGCAAUAUUUCUCUGAAUACAGCAACGUCCAGCAGUGUCCUCACUGUGGAAAUCUAGACUACCACUUCGUGAAGCCAUUUUCUUCAUUUAAAGUUUUGGAGGCUUAUUGACGAAAGCUUUGCUUUAGUAAUAGCUAUUUUAUGGGUAUUUAAACUUUAUUACAUAUCUUUUAUAGGAUUCAUUCUGUGAUGAAAUUUAGUUUCUUUUCUAACUCAAAGAGCAACAGCUUUGUCUGUGUACAUAUUAAUAUGUAUAUAUACAUGUUGUUAAAACCAGAAUCCUCCUGACAAGAUCUCUGUGAAGGUUGGAGACAAGCCAAUUUAAUGGCCUUUGUAUAUAUCCCGAGCGUGGGGUAAAGUUCAGCUAAAAAUUAUUUGGUUUUAUUUUUUGUAUAAUUGUAAUACGGUUUAUGGGAAGGGUGUGGGAGACACACAGGGCAGAGAAAUAUGUCCAGUUGGAAAGUGGGUAAUUGUGUAGGGUUGUUGUUCCUCCAUCUUGGUGGAAAUCAGAAAUCCUUGGAAAGGUGGAGUAAACUAAGGUAUCGUGACAAGUGAAUGUAAACGUAUGCCAGAAAAUGCAAUCUUUAAUUCCUUUUUUUGGCAUAGUGUCUUCCUGCCAUGUGCGUUUGAUGUGCAUUUGCCCCUACUGAUGGACCAUGCAGCAACAGUGCUGCUUCACUGGGGCUUUCAUGUGCCCAGCCAGGUCAUCUGUUCAUACCAAAACAAGCUGGAGAUCUUGAAGUGCUUUAUUUAAAGGUGUUUCUUCACAGAUAUUUUAGGGAAGGAACAGACUGAGCUGAAUGGAGAUGUGUUUGUAUGUGUCUGCUGGGCCUGAGGCUUUGCUGCCUGUUGUGGGCUGGUGUGACUGGUCUGUGACUGGUGUGGAAGGAGAACCAUGAAGGGGGAUCUGGACCAACAGACCUAUAAGAGCUGAGAGGUACUGAGUACAAAACAUGGCGUCAUUUUUUAAAACAAUUAAUUUCUGCACCUUUGUCUUUUAAAAUUGCAUUAAGUGCAGGGUCUAAGAACUUUGAACCUUUUUGAGGAGGCAAACAUAAUAUUUACUUCCUAUGUGCUUCUGUGCUGUACAUAAUAGACUAUGCAUUAGGCACUGAAUUUCUAUCAGGGCUUGGCCCUUUAGACUCUGCAGUUGUUGCUUCUUGGUUCAUGUUUCUCCCUUGCUUAAAUAAAUUUUUUUAAAUAGGUCAUUAAUUUUUUGCUUAGUUUCUCAAGCCAGUUGAGAUUUAAAGGAGGGUUUUUUGGUUUUGUUUUGGUUUAUUUUUUUUCUUUUUCUCCAUAGUGUAUUUAUGGAGUGUUUACCCAUUCAAGAGGUGUGGGGUUUUGUGUCUGUUUCUGAGACAGGAUUAUUUUUUUUUUCUUCUGAAGUUUUUUUGUUUUCCCAAAUUUAAGAGUCUUUUUUUAAAGAGUGUUGAAAUCAUUAUCUUGAAAGCAGCCCUGACUAUCUGCCACCCCGGUUAAGAAAACAUAAAAGUCAGAAGCCCAAAAAAGUGUUUCACAUGCUGGUCUGAGAAUUAUGCUUUCUGCGCAUAAAACUCAAACUGAAUAUCCUUGUUUCUGUGUGCUUAACAAUGCAAAGUUCACAGUUUUAUUUCCUGACUGUCUUCACUGUAGAAUUAGCUCCUUUUAGCAUUAGCUACCAUUUGAGUAGUACUCAAGCUGCACUGAGGGCUUAUGUUGACACGGAUAACUUGAGUGGUCAUGUCCUUAGAAGCCAGCCAGCUCAUGUUAAUAGUUUUCCGAUCUGGACUGUCUAUCUUGUACAGUUACACUGGUGAUCCGCUGCUGGCCUGAAGGCUGUGGUAGCCUUUGACAUUGGCACUCCUCUCCUUCUAUACUCGCUCUUGUGCUUGGCUUUGGGUCGGGAGCACAUCCUGGGGUAUUGUGCAUUUGUUCCCUGUUCGUGACAGUUCUGGGAAAACCUGUUUCUUUUUAAAAAACAAUUGCAGGAGGGAGCAUAGGAGACUUCUAGUAUUGGUCUGGUAUGGCUAGCACAAAAGUUACACUGAGCUCAGCUGUAGUUGGACCGGCACUGUAACCAUUGUCCACGGCAGCAGGAGCUGGCCUGGGCAUACCUGUAUUGGUAGGUGAUGUCUAGCAGAUAAAACCUCGUUAGCUGUCCAGUGUAGACUUCCCUAAUGGAGAAUAAUCAAAUUAGAAUUUGAGUUAACUCCUUAAGGAGGAUGAG